AUGAAAUCAUAUUUUGAUACUGAUGUUCUAACACAGACUUUGAAAACAUUAUGGCAAAAGCGUUUUGUAAAUUACAUGAAGGAAGUCGUUUCAAGUGAGGAUACGGACAAAGAACAAAGGAAAAUUGCAUAUUUUUUGGCCACUCAG